AUGUGGGAGAUGCACAGCAUCUUGUCAAGUGCGCCGGCGGUUGGGGUGGGGUCGACCACCUCGGAUGUGGCGGGCGCCUUGGGGGCGACCAGGGCCAAAGACGAUGUAUGGUUGGUCCAAGUGGUUCUGAUGGGCACCGUUGGAGGAGGGACCGCAGGUGGUGUGGCGGAGGGCGGCGAGUGCUUCGGUGGCGGUGAACGACCAAGUGGGGGGCGGGGUGCGAGCAGCUGCGAUCGCCGUCUCAACGACCCCGUUUACAUUAGGUACGAGCCGCCUACGCAGUCGGAUGACAGUGCGCUGGGUCCCGACUUUUAUCGCUCUCGCGGUCGCCUGGUAUAUCAGCUGUCAAUUGCGCUCGCUGACGUCUUUUGGGCUCCCACGACUCAAUGCUGGGCGUACAAGUUCCUGUACGUCAACGUCCCCACUCGCGCGGCUUACCGCAAGUCCGAAAACAACCUUCUCCCCAAAGAACGGGCACUUGUGUCGGACUUCCGCCCCCCACUUGGUCGUUCACCGCCACCGAAGCACUCGCCGCCCUCCGCCACACCACCUGCGGUCCCUCCUCCAACGGUGCCCAUCAGAACCACUUGGACCAACCAUACAUCGUCUUUGGCCCUGGUCGCCCCCAAGACGCCCGCCACAUCCGAGGUGGUCGACCCCACCCCAACCGCCGGCGCACUUGACAAGAUGCUACCUGCGGUCCCUCUUCCAACGGUGCCCACCCGAACCACCUGGACGCCACAUCCAUCGUUUUUUGCGCCCUCUUCAUGA